AAAAGUAGAUAAAAAGAACAAUUCCAAUUUUCAGUCAAUCUUUCAACACAAAAUCAUGUUUCACAUGGUAUGCAAUAUUCCCAAUAUGUAAAACUCUAAUGGGAAGGCCUGCCUUAGCAUCUUUCAACUCCAGCACUAUCCAAUAACAGUACAAUUUGCUUGCUUUAUCAAUGGUUGAGAAUAAAGAGCAAAAAGUACACCAGAAAAAAAUGUUCCUCUUUUCUCAUGUCUGUUAAAGUUCUAGUAUAUCAUCAUAGAUAUUGGGAUACCUUAUUUAAACCUUGCAAAUUUGAAAAAGAGAAACCAAACACACAUAGGGAACUUAUAUCUGAAAAUAAAAUACAAAAAGGAAAUCUCCAAGUCAUAACAUCUCUUGUAUGAUUUGCAAAUGGAUAUCAAUCCAAGAAACUGGAAAUGGGCAAGAAAAAGCCACAUUCUUUUGAUUCUCUCUCUCUUUUUACUGCAAAACCAUCUUCAAGUCUUUGUGAUAUUGGUUGAGGCCAACAGUAGUGUACAUAUUGUGUACCUGGGUCAAAAGAAGUAUGAGGAUCCAGCUACCACCAAACGGUCUCACCAUGAAAUGCUAUCAAAUUUGCUAGGAAGCAAGGAAGCUGCUAAGAGUUCCAUACUUUACAGCUAUAGACAUGGUUUUUCUGGGUUUGCGGCAAGAUUGACAGAAUCUCAGGCAGAAGCAAUUGCAGAUUUUCCUGGAGUUGUCCAAGUGAUCCCAAAUCGCAUUCGCAAGCUCCAUACAACCAGAAGCUGGGACUUUAUUGGGAUCAAUCAUCAUUCUUCAAAAAAUCUACUAACAAAAAGCAAUAUGGGUAAAGGAAUUAUCAUUGGUGUGAUAGAUUCAGGAGUUUGGCCAGAGUCUGAGAGUUUCAAUGACGAAGGUAUGGCUCCAAUUCCAUCACGCUGGAAGGGAAUUUGCCAACAAGGGCAGCUGUUUAACUCCACAAAUUGCAACAAGAAACUUAUUGGAGCUCGCUGGUUUAUAAAAGGACUGAGGGAUAAACUCAAAAUGCCCAUCAAUGAAUCUGACAUGGAGUAUCUUUCACCGCGAGAUGCAGAAGGUCAUGGAACUCAUACAGCUUCAACAGCAGCUGGCUAUUAUGUUAAUAAAGCAAACUAUGGAGGACUAGCUACAGGUUUAGCCAGAGGAGGAGCACCUCUUGCUCACUUAGCUAUUUACAAGGCUUGUUGGCAGAUCGGUUUCGGAGGAUGCACUGAUGCUGACUUCCUAAAAGCAAUCGACAAAGCCAUACAUGAUGGAGUUGAUAUCCUAUCCUUAUCUCUUGGCGAUGGGAUUCCUUUGUAUUCCUACGUUGAUCAUCGUGAUUCUGUUGCCAUUGGUUCUUUCCAUGCAGUCAUGAAGGGGAUCACCGUAGUUUGUUCAGCAGGAAAUGAUGGCCCUAUCUCACAAACAAUAGCCAACACUGCACCCUGGGUUAUCACCAUUGCUGCAACCACAAUAGACAGGGCCUUCCUGACAGCCAUUACACUUGGAAACAACCACACUCUAUGGGGCCAAUCUAUGUAUACUGGAAAACAUAAUCAUGGAUUCACAGGCCUUACAUACUCAGAACGCAUAGCUGUUGAUCCCAAUGAUGAUUCAGCCAAGGACUGUCAACCUGGAAGUCUUAAUGCAACAAUGGCAGCAGGGAAAAUUGUACUAUGUUUCUCACAAUCACCACAACCAGCUAUAGCCUCAGCAUCAGAUUCUGUGCUGGAAGCAGGAGGAGUUGGAAUCAUAUUUGCACAGCUUCAUGAUGACGGGAUUCAGUCAUGCUAUUCAAUCCCAUGUAUCAAAGUUGAUUAUGAAGUAGGCACACAAAUACUUUCCUACAUCAGAAAGGCAAGGUCUCCGACUGCAAAGUUGAGUUUUCCAAGGACUGUCAUUGGGAAAUGGUCAUCUCCACGAGUUGCAUCUUUCUCAUCCAGAGGACCAAGUUCCAUGUCCCCAGCAGUGCUAAAGCCUGAUAUCGCGGCACCAGGUGUUGACAUAUUAGCUGCAGUUCCACCAUCUUAUGGCAGUGGAUUUGCACUGAAAUCAGGAACUUCAAUGGCUUGUCCCCAUGUGUCAGGAAUAGUAGCUCUCAUUAAAUCUGCACAUCCUAACUGGUCUCCUGCAGCCAUAAGAUCAGCUCUGGUCACAACUGCUUCCCAAGUUGGAACAGAUGGAUCAGGCAUAGCUCAAGACGACCCCAACCACAAGGCAGCUGACCCCUUUGAUGUUGGUGGUGGGAAUGUUAAUCCCAACAAAGCAGUGGACCCGGGUUUGAUUUACAAUAUUAGCAUUGGUGAUUAUGUUGAGUUCCUCUGCUCCAUGGGUUACAGCAGUGCCUCCAUUACCACAUUAACCAAGACCACAAUUGAUUGUACUAAGAAAGGCCAUUUUGGACCGAAUCUCAACCUCCCUUCUAUCACAAUUCCAAAACUCCAAAAGAAAUUAACAGUAACUAGAACAGUGACAAAUGUGGGGCCUGUUAGUACAGUGUAUAAAGUUGUAGUGCAGGCCCCCCAUGGCAUAACAAUGGCAGUUACGCCUCAAACUUUGAGUUUCAAUGUGACCACUCAAAUUCUUUCCUUCAAAGUUACCUUCUUCUCAACCUCAAAACUGAAUGGAGACUACAAAUUUGGAAGUCUAACAUGGAAAGAUGGUAAGCAUCGUGUUAGGAUUCCAAUAGCCGUUCGUGCCAUCAAUUUUGAAUCAUUUGAAGAUUUGUAAGAUGGCUCAAAGUGUGAAAAUAAUUUUAGUCAAAUAAUUAUUU